AGUUGGCCGGCUGCUGCGGGAGGCGGUGGAGGUAAGAAGCUGGAGGCAGAGGGGUGACAGAGUUGGAAAACAUUUAAGUCUCAACAAAUGAAUUCCACACUUGAACUCUGCCGCAUUCCUGUGCCACCUCCUCCAUUGGAACACUGAUCUUAGAACAGAGAGAAAAGAGGAAUAGAAGGUAGAAGAAGAUGCUGGGAUCUGAACGUGGUGUUGUGGAAGAAUGGUUAUCAGAAUUCAAGGCAUUACCUGACACUCAGAUCACCAAUUAUGCAGCAACUUUACACCGGAAAAAAACACUGGUACCAGCCCUGUAUAAAGUUAUUCAAGAUUCGAAUAAUGAGCUCCUGGAGCCUGUCUGCCACCAGCUGUUUGAGCUCUACCGUAGCUCUGAAGUUCGACUUAAGAGGUUCACGCUGCAGUUCUUGCCAGAAUUGAUGUGGGUUUAUUUACGGCUUACAGUUAGCCGAGACAGACAGAGUAAUGGUUGCAUUGAAGCACUACUUUUAGGAAUUUACAAUUUGGAAAUUGCUGAUAAAGAUGGGAACAAUAAAGUUCUGUCUUUUACUAUCCCUUCCUUAUCCAAGCCUUCAAUAUACCAUGAGCCCUCAACAAUUGGAUCCAUGGCUUUGACAGAAGGGGCAUUGUGUCAGCAUGAUCUCAUCAGGGUUGUUUACAGUGAUCUUCAUCCACAGAGGGAAACAUUCACCGCACAAAACCGGUUUGAAGUCCUGAGUUUCCUUAUGUUAUGUUAUAAUUCUGCUAUUGUGUAUAUGCCUGCUUCAUCUUACCAGUCUCUUUGCCGAAUGGGCUCCAGGGUUUGUGUGAGUGGGUUUCCACGGCAACAUGAAAAACACUGGAAAGAACUCUGUGGUCGAAUAGUAUUGGAUCCCGAAUUUAUGGUGCAACUUCUCACAGGAGUUUAUUAUGCCAUGUACAAUGGACAAUGGGACCUUGGCCAGGAAGUCCUUGAUGACAUCAUUUAUAGAGCUCAACUAGAACUCUUUUCUCAACCGUUAUUGGUUGCCAAUGCCAUGAAAAACUCAUUACCAUUUGAUGCUCCUGAUUCUUCACAAGAAGGCCAGAAAGUACUUAAAGUCGAAGUCACUCCAACAGUGCCGAGGAUUUCUCGGACUGCGAUUACAACAGCUUCAAUCCGUCGCCAUAGAUGGAGGAGAGAAGGUGCUGAGGGUGUAAAUGGAGGAGAGGAGUUGGUAAACCUGAAUGAUGCAGAUGAAGGAUUUUCAUCAGGGGCUUCCCUCAGCAGCCAGCCAAUUGGGACCAAACCAUCCUCCUCUUCUCAGAGGGGAAACUUAAGGAAAGUAGCAACUGGGCAUUCAGCCAAGGAUAAAGAAACAACUUCUGCUAUCAAAUCCAGUGAGAGCCCUCGAGAUUCAGUAGUUCGCAGGCAGUAUGUACAGCAACCAACUGAUCUUAGUGUAGAUUCAAUUGAGCUGACGCCGAUGAGGAAACACCUGAGCCUGCCUGCUGGCCAGGUGGUGCCAAAAACUAAUAGUAUAAGUCUAAUCCGGACAGCCAGUGCUUCCUCAAGUAAAUCGUUUGACUAUGUAAAUGGCAGUCAAGCAAGUACCAGCAUUGGGGUUGGCACUGAGGGUGUUACUAAUUUAGCAGCUAACAAUGCUAAUCGAUAUUCAACUGUCAGUCUGCAGGAAGACCGGCUAGGUCAAGCUGGAGAAGGUAAAGAGCUCCUCAGCCCAAGGGCUCCCUUAACCAAGCAGUCUCGAUCCCCAAGUUUCAAUAUGCAGCUAAUAUCCCAGGUGUAGUCUUGACAUCCUCUCUCAUUCUUCUGCUUACCUUCUAAACUGAACAUUUCAUGUGCAAGAAGACACUUCAUCGCACUUGUGAAAAUAUUGGUCAUCAUAAACAGAUUUGAUUUAGUUUAGGUAUCUUCAUACUGUAUUUUGUAUGGAAACAGCAAUAAGGUUUUCUUUUCCCUUCUUCCUAUAUCUUCUCUUCACCUAUUCCUUGUAAAUGUGUUUGUGAAGCAGUAGAAAAUGUUUGUGUUUUCCACACCUUCCUUUCUCCUUGGGUGAAGUGCAAUCCAUCGUAGGCUGAUCGGUCCCAUUUCAACACUGUGAGACUGAGGUUAUGUUAGAGGAAAUGGUGUAUAUGAUCCCUAUGAAUGAUUCUUCAGCUUUUGUUAAAAAAAAAAAAAAAAACGGGUUUGUUCUCAUAAUCUAUGAAGAUUACUGGGUCAUAUUUUUUCUCUCUUAACCAGGAGUGCCUCAGAGAUUCUGCUAUGACUUUGGACUUCUCUGAGUCUGUGCAAUUAUUUUCUUGAGAAGCAUGGGGAAAGGUGGUAGACUGCUGCACUUUUUCAUUAAAAUGAGGGUGGCUCAUUUUUCCCCCAUCUCCUUUAUCUCGAGGACACAAUGUUCAAUUACUGAGGCAUUUAAAUCAAGUUGUGGCCACCUCUGUUGGAGGACAGGGCUCUAAGUUGAUUGUGUAAUAGAUAAUGCACUUUCUCAAUGGCUCUAUGGUCAUUAUUAACAUGUCUUCCCUCCUCCCCACAAGGACAUAAGGUCAUUUCUGUCCUUCCAAGUUUGAACAGCUAAUAAAUCAGAGAAUCCAAGGGGCAUGUUCUAUUUCCCAGGAAUGAUUGACACUUUGGUGCUGGGGUUUUUUGGGGGGGAGGGGGUAGUUUUUGUUUAGCUUGUGUGGGAUUGUGUGUGAGGGGAAGUUUUGAUUGUUUUUUUUCUUUUCCUUUGUGAGCUGUUGAUGACUGAAGUAGAACAGGUACGUCUUCAGGUAAAGAGAGGGAUUUCUCAACCCACUUUCUGUGAUGUCAGACUAUUGGAGAAACCCUUUCAGCUGCUUUCUAGAUGUACCUAAAUUCAGUCAGAUAUUUUGGAUUAAGAAACCUGAAGUCCUGAUAGAUCAUAUACUCCAAGGAAAUACAUCAGGGACAGAUAAUUGGCUGAAAACACUGACGCUUCAAUGUGACACAUUUUUAUAGAACAUUUCUACCAGGGGGUACUGACUUGAUUUCUCCUACAAGGACCACACUGCCUUUGUGUUUAAUGUAAUGCAAUUUGUGUACCUUCUAAUCAUAUCUGCAAAAGUUUCUCAUUUUUAUAAAAAAUCAUGCCAGUAAGCUAGAUGUUGAAUGUAUGUAAGUAGCAUUUGGUAACUGUGCUAAGAGGCUACAAAAGUGCAUUAUUGGUUUAAAAAAAUUUUUUUUUUAGUUCUGACUUGGUUGGAUAAGGUUUCUUUAUGACCUCUUCUGGGUCUCAGGCUCUAAUGCUUGAUUGAAAUAGAAGAAAAUAUAUUGGUUUUUGAAAAUCAGUGUAUUGUGACUUGAACUGCUAUACAUUCUUCCACACAGUAUGUCAGAGUGAUUAGUGCUUUGUACAUUUAGACAUUUUUAUUUUGUUGUUGUGAAAGAAAAAUAUACUGAAUUUAUAGAAAGCAAGUAUUCUCCUAAUUAACAAAGUUUAAAAUAUUAUCUCUACUGAUUAAAAUUACAAUAGAUUUUGAUAAAUAAAAUAACCAGAAAAAUGCCUCUUGUUUUUUUCACACCUAAAAAUCUACCCCCCCCCCCCGCCUCCCCCCACCCCGCCUUUUAUUGUAAGAGGUUUUUGUAAGGGACUUUCUGUUAGAAUCUUUAUAAGAACAGUGAGAUGCUUGUUUGAAUUUGGUUGUGUGUAAUAUUUUUCAGCUCACGUGAAAAUGGAAAACUAGAACCUGAACUAUUACCUCCAACAUUGCCAAAGUCCGGGGGAAAGCUAAAAGUUGAUAAACAGAGAUUUUUGAUUUGUGUAUAUGUAUAUGUUUGUGUGUGUGUGUAUAGUGUGUGUAUGUAUAAAUCACAAAGAAUAUUUUAGCUAUCCCUUCUUUUAAUUUAAGGGAUGUCAGAUAAAUGAAUUAAAAGCAACAAAAUAAAUGAGGUGUAAAGGUCUGUAACAUACAGAGUUUCAGGUGUGAAAGGAAAAGAGCCUUGUACUUACCAGGAGGUGAGAUC